UUGACUUCAUUAAUACAUGUAUUACGUUCAUAUUUCUGGUGAUGGUGAAAAAAUAAUUGGAAUCCUGAUUUAGAGACCCCCGACGGAAGGCACGAGGUGUAAGAGCAACGUAUAACGAUCGUGACAAUAGUUAGUGCUGUCCCACUCGAGCUCAUUUGUUCCAUUUAGAAGGCCUAAUAAUGCUUACGGUAAAUACAAGACUUCGACAAGGCACACAUGAUUCAAGUAACUGCUUUGAGAGGGAUCGCACGACGAUCGUUUUCAACAUCAAAAUGUGCGCCAGCACAACAGAUGACUGUACGAGAUGCUUUAAAUUCUGCCCUGGAUGAAGAGAUGGAAAGAGAUGAGAAAGUGUUUUUACUUGGAGAGGAAGUAGCGCUUUAUGAUGGAGCAUACAAGGUUUCUAGGGGUCUCUGGAAAAAAUAUGGUGAUAAACGUGUCAUUGAUACACCGAUCACAGAGGCUGGUUUUGCUGGCAUUGCUGUUGGUGCUGCAAUGGCUGGCCUUCGACCAAUUUGCGAAUUUAUGACUUUCAAUUUUGCUAUGCAAGCAAUCGAUCAAAUAAUUAAUUCUGCUGCUAAAACCUUUUAUAUGUCUGCGGGAAAGGUUAAUAUACCUAUUGUCUUUCGUGGUCCAAAUGGUGCGGCUGCAGGUGUAGCAGCUCAACAUUCUCAGUGUUUUGGUGCUUGGUAUAGUCAUUGUCCUGGCUUAAAAGUGGUUUCGCCUUAUAAUAGCGAAGAUGCGAAAGGUUUAUUAAAAGCUGCUAUAAGAGAUCCUGAUCCAGUUGUUGUACUGGAAAAUGAGAUUCUCUAUGGAGUUCAGUAUCCUAUGUCAGAUCAGGCUUUGGAUAAAAAUUUCGUUCUACCUAUUGGUAAAGCAAAAAUAGAACGUGUUGGAAAUCAUGUUACUUUAGUGGCACAUUCCAAGGCUGUUGAACAAGCUCUUGAAGCAGCUAAUGAACUUGCUGGAAAAGGGAUAGAAGCAGAAGUAAUCAAUCUUCGUUCCCUUAGACCACUAGAUAUUGAUACUAUUGUGCAAUCUAUAGUGAAAACAAAUCAUUGUGUUACUGUAGAACAGGGUUGGCCGCAAUGUGGCAUAGGAGCAGAAAUUAGUGCAAGAAUCUCUGAAAGUGAGGCCUUUUAUCAUCUAGAUGCACCAGUAAUUCGUGUUACAGGUGCUGAUGUUCCUAUGCCAUAUGCUAAAAGUUUGGAAAUAGCAGCUUUACCUCAAGGAAGCGAUGUAGUAUUUGUUGUAAAUAAAUUAUUAGGGGUAGAGUAGUAAAUGGUAGAAAUAUUUAGGUACAAUUAAUAUCCUUUUAUUUUUUCCUUUUCCUUUAUAUUCAACUUUUAGUGUCUCCUUACUUUAAAAUUUCAAUGCGUAAACAAAUACGUAUAAUAAGUACAAAGCUAGAAAACAAAUAGAACAAUACUUCAGUGAAAAAUCAAUUUAACGAACAUUUUUUUCAAUGUUCAAAAUAUAGAUCUUAAACAAAAUUAAAUAUAACACAUUAAUUUAAUGAUUACAGGGGUUAAAUUAUACAAUCUUUAUAUAAAUAUGCAUAAGGUUUCACUAAAUAUUUAAACAAUGAACGAUAUACACAUUAUAAUAUAUUCUUGAAAAAUACGAUUAUAUAUUAAAUAUUUAUAAAAUCAACUGUAGGAUAAUAUAUUAUUUAUUGAAUGGGAUGUAUACUUCAAUGUUAAAUUGUGCUAUUAUAUUUAAAUUAUGCUUUGCAGUUUCUUUUUAUUUCUUUUUUACAUGUAGAAGUAUCGUCUGAAGACUUUUAUUAUAUGUUUGUAAAUAUGAGAAAUACCAAUAUACUGCCAUAUUUGAAAUUAAAAAUUGCCUUUGUUUAAUGAGUUUAGUUAUAACGCAAAAAUAUGCUAAACUCUUGUAGACCAUUGAUAUAAAAAAAAACCACAUUAACAUGCUGCAUUUGCUUAUUUAUUACAAAGGAGUAAUAAAUUAUUAUAUACAUAUUACUAAUUUGUCUUUCGCUUCUGUAUUUUUUACAUGUUUAAAUAUUUAUCACAUUUAUUUUGUUUGUUAUAUCAGUGUUGGUUGUUAGUGGUCAUGUGUGAUACAUACGUAAUAAGCAACAUGUUACAACUGUCAUAUAACGUUCAAAUGCAUCUCUAAUUUCAAUUUCUCUGGAAGAAGAAGUAUUUUUCUAUUAUAGAAAAAUUUUGCAUUUGGAGAAAGUUCAAUGAUAAAUAUAAAUACCUUAACACAUCCAUAUCCAAUGCACAUUGCAUAUACACAGAUAAGAAAUUUCUAAGAUCGGUAUGUGACCAACUGACUUGCUUCCAUGGCUCUAUACAUCUUUCAACCAAUUCUAAAAAGAAAAAUCUUAAUUCUCUAGAUCUAUGUAGAUUACAGCCUAUUCCUAAGAUAGCUCUUGAAUAAGAACGGAAAUUUGUAUCAAGCUCUUGGUAUGAACGUUCAAGUAACAUUGGUUUAAGUUUGAUACACACUAAGCUAAAAAACAUAUUUAUUUACAAUAUUUACAUUAGAAUAGUUAAUACAUAUUUCGUAUAAUAAUCAUGUUAUAACUUACUGUUUAUGAUGUUUAUCAUUUUCUAAUAGUACUCUACAUUCUGCAAGUUCUACCAAGAAUUCUCUGUCAAGAUCUGUAUCAAAAUAUUCUGAUCCAACACAACGAUAAGUCCAUGAUGCCAUCAUACUAUUAGCACAAUGAUACAAAUCGGGAAAUGUUAGAAAUUGCAAUUUCCUUUUAUUCAUUUCAAAUCUAAGACAAGCUAUGAAUACUACUGCUGCAUAACGUCUGGAAAUAUUUAUACACACAUAUAUAUAUAUAUAUAAAAUCCUAUUAAAAAUAAUAUUGUUAAAGAUAAAAUUAAUCUCUAUGUACUUAGCAAGAUCUUCAGAAAGUAAAAAAUGUUGUCUAAUGUUAGCAACCAGAGAACCAGGUAAAUCUUCAACGACUUUGAAAACUCUUUUGACAUUAUCAUACUGUCUACGACAGCUUUUUAAAGUAACUCCAGUCUUUUCAGAUACUUCAUCCAUAUCUUUUCUACUUUUUGAUGUUAACUUUUUACCUAAUAGUUCUCGAACAACAAUAUCAUCAAAUUCAUAGUACCUAAAAACAUAUAUCGUCAAAUUCAUAAUACCUGCAUUCAUAAUAAAACACAAUUUCUAUCCUAUGAUAGAUAAGUAAACAAAAAAAUCACAUUCUUACAUUUCAAUAAGCAUUUGACUAGUUUGAGGUUCUAUUUGAAAUGCUAGUUGUUCUGUUGCAAGUUUUGUAGGAGUAUGAAGUAAUUUUUCCAACAAAGCAUAUGUACGAUAAUGAUCAAGGACAUCGGAAGCAACUAAAUCUAGAGGAGCAUUAGUUUGUAUACAAAUACCACGUUGUUGUAAGGUGGUAACUGCAUCGCUAGCUGUUAAAGAAAUAUUGGUAAAGUAUUUGAAAACAUUGGAUCGACGAGAGUAUAAUUACUGACAAAAACAUCAACCUCGGACAUCAUUGCGGAGGUUAUGUUCAAAUAUCAGAGAUGUUACAUUCUAUAUAUUUAUUAUUAUUAAUUAUAUAUUUCAUGUUAUA